GCCUAUGUAGACAUCAUGAAUGAAGAAACCUUUACUGGGAAACUCGUUCGCAUCUCCGCACCCUCGACGAUAAGUGAAACGACGUGGUUUAUUCUUGUCCUUGCUUGACCUGACCAUAGUCCACAAUCAGUCGGCUUGACAUCGCACUUCACGUUACCACUAAACAAGUAAAUCCCGCAGCGAGCGGCAAUGUGCCUCAAGAGCGUCUAGCCGCGGUGAGACCUGAUAACGGAACUCUCCAAAAACGGCGAGAAAUGGCCGAGCCAAGCCCCAUGGCCAAACGUUGUCAGACUUGAAUAUGUGGGAGGGUUGCCAACACAACGGUCUAGAACUAGGAGGACGCCAAACACGCAACACACAUACGCGCGUAGGCGGCUGUGGCGGUGGGUUUGCAUUAGGACCCCCCCCCCCCCCCCCCCUCUCGAUUUUCUCACCUGCUCCAUGGCGUGCGCGCCCGCUCCCGUUCCCGUCUCACGCCGGUCCAAGUCCAGUUGUUAGCACAGCCAUACAAAUACAAGAGGUUAAAAUGGUAUUAAAAAAGGGGGGCAGGGGGAGGGGGGGGCAGACCGCUCGAGAUCUCCUCCGCCUUUUGGUGAUCGGCAAAAGUCUCGAAUGCUUCGUAAUCCAUGUGUAUGUAUGCGGUGAGACUCGCAAAAGAAAAAGAAAAAAAAAACCCGACCCGACUCUGCUCCCUCUCUCCGCGCGCCAAGGCAAGGGGCCGGCGGCAACCUUUGCGAGGUCUGGCGGGGUUCCGUCGUGAUGUUUGUGGGAAACGGCCGAGUCUGCUGCGGCUGGGGAGAGCGGGCACGUUCCGCGCACAGCGGCGGUUCAGCCCACGAAGCCAGAUACGACGA